AAAUUUAGUAUUUAUUAAUAAUAAUAUCUUUGAACACUGUCCUACCAGUUCAGGCCACUCCCUCAAUUUCAGGCGUUCCAUUUCUCUGGUCUGGUUUCUGACAACUCCAUUGGAGAGCAUUUCCGGGUUUCGAAAUGGAAUUUGAAGAGAAGGUGAAGAUCGAACCCUCCGUAGAUUCUCCGACUUCGGUGCUGGAGGAAGAGGAUACAUGUGAUAUAAAGACUGAGGUCAAAUUGGAGGAAGAGAUCAUUGCUGAUGCAAAGAAUGGAGAUUCCUUGCUCAUAUCCAAAGCCAUGGUGGAGGAGGAAGAAAAGUUGCUGGAAGCUCGGGUUAAGGAAGAGGACGAGGAAAGGAACAAGGAGCCAGAAACGCCCAACUUGAAUGAUAGUCAAUUUACCAAACUGGAUGAGCUUCUGACACAAACCCAACUGUUCUCGGAGUUUUUGCUUGAAAAAAUAGACGACAUCACAAAUAAUGGCAUCGAGCAGGAGACAGAAACCACUGAGAAAAAGAAAAGAGGUGGUAGGAAACGGAAAAAUGCUGCAAAUUACAAUACUGGAAAGGCCAAGAGGGCAGUUGCAGUUAUGCUGACAAGGUCUCAAGACAAUGAGAGCAAUGAGACAGCUGAGGAUAUGAACCUCACUGCAGAAGAAAGAUGUGAGAAAGAACAAAGAGAACUUGUUCCUUUGUUAACUGGUGGAAAACUAAAGUCUUAUCAGAUUAAAGGUGUGAAGUGGUUGAUCUCAUUAUGGCAAAAUGGGCUCAAUGGGAUACUUGCAGAUCAAAUGGGACUUGGAAAGACUAUUCAAACCAUUGGUUUCUUGGCUCAUUUAAAAGGAAAGGGUUUGGAUGGGCCCUAUUUAGUGAUUGCGCCACUUUCCACCCUUUCAAAUUGGAUGAGCGAAUUUUCUAGGUUUACACCUUCGGUAAAUGCUAUUAUUUAUCAUGGUAAUAAGAAUCAGAGAGAUGAGAUUCGAAGGAAGCACAUGCCUAAAGCAAUUGGCCCUAAAUUCCCCAUAGUUAUUACUUCUUAUGAAAUGGCAUUGGCUGAAGUAAGACGAUCAUUGAGGCAUUAUAGUUGGAAAUAUGUCGUGGUUGAUGAGGGGCACAGGUUGAAAAAUUCUAAGUGCAAAUUGUUUAAGGAAAUGAAAUUGUUGCCUAUGGAGAACAAGCUUCUUUUGACUGGGACACCUUUGCAGAAUAAUUUGGCAGAGCUGUGGUCAUUGUUGAACUUUAUUUUGCCUGAUAUUUUCUCAUCCCAUGAAGAAUUUGAGUCAUGGUUUGAUCUGUCUGGAAAAUUCAAUGGUGAGGAGGGGCAGGAAGAGAAAAGAAGGGCUCAAGUGGUAGCAAAACUUCAUGCAAUAUUGCGCCCUUUUAUACUUCGAAGAAUGAAGACUGAUGUUGAGUUGAUGCUUCCUGGAAAGAAAGAAAUCAUAUUAUAUGCGACUAUGACAGAAUUUCAGAAGAAUUUUCAGGAUCAUCUGCUCAAUAAGACAUUAGAACGUUAUUUAUCUGAAGAGAGGCAAAUUGGUCGUACUAAACACGGAAAGCUUAACAAUUUGGUUAUUCAACUUCGGAAGAACUGCAACCAUCCUGACCUUUUACAGGCAGCAUUUGAUGGCUCAUACUUCUACCCACCCAUUGAGCAGAUAGUUGAGCAAUGUGGCAAAUUUCGUUUGUUGGAUCGACUGUUGGUCAAGCUAUUUGCUCGGAAACACAAGGUCUUGAUCUUUUCUCAGUGGACUAAGAUUUUGGAUAUAAUGGAUUAUUAUUUUAGUGAAAAAGGGUUUGUAGUUUGUCGAAUUGAUGGCAGUGUGAACCUUGCUGAAAGGAGAACACAGAUUCAGGAGUUCAAUGAUCUGAAUAGUGAAUUCAGAAUUUUCCUUCUAAGCACCAGAGCUGGUGGGUUGGGUAUCAACCUUACAGCUGCUGAUACCUGUAUUCUGUAUGACAGUGAUUGGAACCCCCAAAUGGAUUUGCAGGCCAUGGAUAGAUGCCAUAGAAUUGGUCAGACCAAACCUGUUCACGUUUACAGGCUUGCAACAGCUCAAUCAGUAGAGGGUCGUAUGUUGAAAAGAGCUUAUAGCAAGUUGAAGCUUGAGCAUCUGGUGAUUGGAAAAGGGCAGUUUCAACUAGAAAAACUGGCACCGAAUAGUUUUGAUAUCGAGGAGGAAGAUGAUCUAUUGGCUCUUAUCCGAGAUGAAGAAAGUGCAGAGGACAAGGUGAUUCAGACUGAUAUCAGUGAUGAAAAUUUGGAAUUGGUGUUGGAUCGUAGCGAUCUGGUCGUGAACACAGACGCCAUCGAUGAAGAGAAGACCGAGGAAACAGCUGCAGUAUAUCCCCUUAAUGGCCCUGGUUGGGAGGUUGUCUUACCGACUGCAAGUGGAGGCAUGCUUUCUUCUCUUAAUAGUUAAAUGAUCUGAUUAGUGAAAACAUUGAACUCGGCGGAGAAAGAGUGAUUUGAGAUUGGUUUUGGUUAUUUUGAGUUGGCCUUGAGUACCCAUUUUAUUAUCAAUGUUUUUUGAGAGCAAAGUAUGCUGCUCUGCUAGGAUAGAUGGGUUCGGAUUUCUUUUUGUAAAUGCUCAAGGCUAUUCUUAUUUUCUUACUCCAGAAAGCCAGACUUUGGUUCAAAAUUUUGUAUUGGAACAUGGAUGUUCCACACCCCAUCUCAAAUCACUCUUGUAAAUCCAUAUAACUAUGAUGAUUGCUAAUGCCUCACAUUGUCCCAAGGCUAAUAUAUUUAUCAGUUAGAAAUUGCUGAAAAA